AUAACCUCAUUUCUUUUAUUGUUUACAUGUUGUAAAAACGUGAAUGUUUUAAUAUUUUUAAUUUUAAAAUAAUUUAAUAUUGAAAAUGGAAUACAGUGUGGGUAGUCUGGCGGACCUGAUUUCGGGUCAGAAGACUACGAAUAAGCCGAAAGUGGUCCAAAAAAAGUUUGUCCCCAUAAAAAAGGUGAAGACACAACCCCCUGAUACCUCCUCAAAACCUGAUGUCAAACAAAAGGCGAAAAAGACUAUUAAAGGUGAGGCAAGCCCCACUGAAAGUAAAUUCAUAAAAAAGGUGGAUAAACCUAAGCUUAAGACCAGCUUUAAGGCUAAAAACAAGCUUAAAGAGGGCGGUAAAUUCAAAAAAAGUCCCAGCAACAAAACUGAAAAGUCAAACGGCCCCUCUCCAAAGAAGCCUAAAAACAAACGGAAAUUGAACAAUUCAGAAAUAGAUGUGGCGGACAGUGAUACUGAAGAAUCCUCCCCCAAAAAACCAAAACUUAGUGUAAAUGAGCAAAAUGCAGCUGGCAGAAUAAAAAAUAAGAAAAACAAAGAAAUUAAGAACUCUAGUGAAUAUAAGGACCGAACCCUUUUUGUUGGUAACAUACCCAUUACAAUAAAAAAGAAGCAAAUUAAGGCACACUUUCAGAAAUAUGGGCCUAUUGACACCAUCAGGAUCAGGGGUAUUGCAGUGGCAGACCCUAACACUUCUAAAAAAAUUGCCGCAAUAAAGAAAGAAUUUCACCCAGAUAGGAAAACUGUGUAUUGUUUUAUAAGAUUUAAUAACCCAGAAGAUGCCAAAAAGGCAGAAGCUGAAAAUGGGGCUCUGUUUAUGGAACACCAUAUUAGAGUAAACUGCUGUGAAUCCAAUGAUAAACCUGAUGAGUCAAAAGCAAUUUUUGUCGGAAACAUGCCUUUUAAUGUAGAAGAUGAGGAGUUAUGGAACCUGUUUAAACCUUGUGGCCCGAUUUCCCAUAUAAGGGUAGUUAGAGAUGGUAGAACAGGGAUGGGCAAGGGCUUUGGCUAUGUUAAUUUCCAAGAUGGUGAUGGGGCUCAAGUUGCUCUUGAAAUGGGCACUGUAAAGCUCAGAGAUAGAGAAUUGAGAAUAUCCGCUUGCGAUAAUAACAUGGCAAAAAAGCAGAAAACAGGUAAGAAACCCAGGCACAGGAAUCAAAGACGCCCAAAAACUGAAGAAACUAAUGUAGAGGGAUCUGAAAAGAAACCUGAGUCCAAAGGGGCUUUUGGUGGAACUAAAUUCACUGACAAAAAGAAGAAGAGGAAAUUCAGUAAAGCAACAAAUCAAAAGAAGACCUUAGCGCAAAAGUUGACAGCCCCUGGCCCUAAGUCAGUAGAUCAGUAAGAACUUAACUAAUUAGACUUGAUUAUUAGAAAUAAAAUGCCAUUUAAGUUAA